ACGAUGGACGUUAACGUGGUUGUGAUGGGGACGGAGAGCGUUGGCAAGUCAGCACUGACUGUGCGACUUUUAACCAGGAGGUUUAUCGGCGAGUAUGGAGAUAUCGAGUCUGUUUACUGUCGCAGUUUCAUUGUAGAUGGGAGAGAAUUUAACGUCAAUAUUUGGGAUUCGCCUUUUACUGAGGACGUGUCUGAGGUGUCGCUCCUCGAGAAGAAGGUCCAGUGGGCCGACUGCUUCCUCCUGGUCUACAGCAUCUGUGACAGAAGCAGCUUCACCUACAUCAGCAGACUUAUCCAGACCCUCAAGUCCUCCAGGGACUACCUAAGCGGCUGCAAGUCCUCCAUCGUCAUCGUGGGGAACAAGCGAGACCUUCACCACCGCAGGACGGUGCUGAGCGAAGAGGGUCGGCUCCUGGCUCAGAACACGGGCUGCCACUUCUACGAGGUGUCCGCUGCUGAGAACUACCACAGCGUGCUGAUGGUCUUUCAUGGACUGAUGGACCGGAUGAAGGACACAAAGCUCCCUGUGAAGAGACCUCUGGGCUUGAAGGGAAUAGUCAAGACCAUGUCGGCGGUGUUUGGGAGAAGGAGGAUUGAUUCCAUCUGAGUGGACUCAUGCGGAUGCCACUUUGUUGAAGGAUCUAAAGCCGGGCACGAGGAGACCCUUUAGCGGGUUUUUAAAGUCAGAACUUUCAGAUUGGAAGAGAUUCUUCGCACGUUCUUGUGCCUUGUGCGACAGCUGCCAAUGAUAUGAUGUGACUUAUUACUGUCGAACCAAACACUGCUGUAUUUAUUCUCCUUAACUUGUUUACAGAACUUUAAUAAAGGAUAACAUGCAUCAAAUGCUUGUGUGUCGGA